GACCGCGACUCGAGGCGCCGAAGGCACGGCGCCCAUCUUAACUGCUGCGAGUCCGCCUUUGUCUCUCUUCACACAUAUACACAACGUGCACAAUACGCAUCCACAACACAUACACAACGUGCACAAUACGCAUCCACAACACAUAUACACAACGUGCACAAUACGCAUCCACAACACAUACACAACGUGCACAAUACGCAUCCACAACACAUAUACACAACAUACACAAUACGCAUCCACAACACAUAUACACAACAUACACAAUACGCAUCCACAACACAUAUACACAACGUGCACAAUACGUAUCCACAACACAUACAGCACAUACACCACGUAUGUUAAUACAGUAUAUACACAUACAGGCAGAUAUACUUGAGAUUCAAAUAUAUUACGCAUAGACGCACACACGAACAUAGACAGUGACAGCCUUGAACAGACUUGGGUCACGUGCUGAAAGCGAAUACCUAUUAAGGCACGCGAGGAGCUGGGUGAGCAGCUCUACGCCCGGCCGCCUUUGUCUCCCCAGUGCUGAUGUUCGCACAGCGCACCGGGUACUCAUUUGAAGCUGAGUCGACCUUGGGGAGGCUCAGGACCGGUUCAGUCAUUCGCACAAACGCGUACUGUACACGUACUCAAGAGACACACACGAAAAUCCCAUGCACGCACAUAGACAUAGACCCGCACGCACGCACACAGACACACGGAGAUCCACACAGACAUAGACACACACACAGACAGAGACACAGACACACGGAGAUCCACACAGACAUAGACACACACACAGACACACGGAGAUCCACACAGACAUAGACAGACACACAGACAUAGACAGACACACACACAGACACACGGAGAUCCACACAGACAUAGACACACACACAGACACACGGAGAUCCACACAGACAUAGACAGACACACAGACAUAGACAGACACACACACAGACACACGGAGAUCCACAUAGACAGACACACACACAGACACACGGAGAUCCACACAGACAGGACACGCACACAGACAGACACACAGACAUAGACCCGCACGCACACAGACAAGCACACGGAGAUCCACACAGACAUAGACACACAGACACACGGAGAUCCGCACAGACAGACACACACACAGACAGACACACGGAGAUCCACACAGACAGACACACACACACAGACACACGGAGAUCUACACACAGACACACACACACACAGACAGACACACGGAUAUCUACACACAGACAGACACAUACACACAGACACACGGAGAUCCAAAGACAGACACACAGACAGACACACGGAUAUCUACACACAUACACACAGACACACGGAGAUCCACAGACAUACACACAGACAGACACACGGAUAUCCACACACAGACAGACACACACAGACACACACACAGACAGACACACAGACAGAUACACAGACAGACACACACAUAGACAGAUACACAGACACACACAGACAGACACAGACACAGACAGACACACACACACAGACACACACACACGGGCACGCCGCGCACACGGCACUGCUGGAAGCAUCUGUUGAUUCAAUUCCCUCCUCACAACUCCCGCGACAAGACGGCUGAUCUCCCCCACCCCGCGAUGCCCCAGACGCUGAUGGAGUGUGGGCGGGCGUGAGGGGGGGGGGGCGUGAGGGGGAGCGCCGGACCCCCCCCCCCCCCCACAUUCUGCACAGUGACGCAGCCAGGGGUCGAACCGGGACCCAAGCAGCGGCAGGAGCAGCAGCAGGAGCAGCAGCAGCAGGAGCAGCAGCAUCAGCAGGAGCAGCAUCAGCAGCAGCAGGAGCAGCAGCAGGAGCAGCAGCAGCAGUAGGAGCAGCAGCAGAAGGAUGGACUUCUCAUUCAACGGCGCCUCGCACAUGCCUGUCAUGGCCGCCUCCUUCAUCGACUUCCCGGCUGGGACCGGCACCUUCGCCAACGAUGAGGAGGACGAGGAGGAGGACGAGGAGGAGCUGGCAGAGGUGACCACCGUCUCCAGCGCUCACCACCACCACCACCACGGCCACCACCACCACGGCCACCACCAGCAGCAGCAGCAGCAGCACGGCUCCGGCCCCAACACUGUCUCCGGUGCUGGGGCCGCUUCGACCUCCGGCUCGGGGCUGGCGCUGCUGAGCGGCCACCGCGGCGCCGAGGACCCCGCCGGCCCCGCCGGGGCAGGGGCCCGGCCCCAGCGAGGACGCCUCGACCGCGGCUCCGUGGGCCUCUGGGUGGCGCUCAUCGCCACUGCCGCCAACAUCCUCGUCAUCGCCAUCGUCUACGCCAGCACCUUCUGA